AAAUGAGGCUCGUUUACUGAUUUGUUGUUUGUGAAGAAAUUUUGGCUGAAACAUGUGCGCGCGCUAACGAACAUUCGACAAGUAUGGUUUAUUGGUUCGGUGGUUCGAUGGUUCGGUUCCAAUUGACACUCGUUUUGCUAGCCAACCUGAGUCAGCGAGUGUACGAGUGUACGUUGUAGUAGAAGAAGAAGAAGCACAUAGAAGAUGUGGAAUAAAAUUUUUUAGCAAGUUUCUUCGUCGGCGGUGCGUUUUGUGAUCCGGGUGAAGGAAUUGCGAAAAUUUCGUAAAAAAUCGCAGAAUUUAUUGUAAAAAGGAUGUGAGGAAAUUAAAUAAAAUGUUUUUCUCCGCAUGAAAAAUAUAUGAAAAAAAAUUGCAAAUAUUUCUGGAGAAAACUUGUGUUCUUAAAAAUUAAUUAAAGAUAAAGUCUAAAAGGCAAGUGUUUUUAUGUAAAAAAUGAAAAUGAGUUUAAAAUUGCAUUAAUUGAUAAAUAAAUAAAUCAAUAAAAAUAAAAUAAAAUCAAAUAAAAAUUUGUGGCUAAGCUUAAAGCUAUAAUUAAUUACAAAUAAUUAUCUUCAGCAGCAACAUCAGCUGGAAAAAGCGCAAAUAUCGCAUCGAUAGAAAUUUGAAGUUUAAAUCAAAAUCAUUCAAAGAAAGUGUUAAAAAAAGAAGAAAGAGUAAGAAAAGCUUCCUAUGAUAUGGCAUGGCAUCGAUAAUGUACGAAAAUUAAAUUUGAAAUAUCAAAAGCAGAUCAUUGCUGUGCUCAUUUGCCAUCAUACAGUAGCAGUUUAGUUCAAAAGGUGGCAAGGUUGCAAUAGCGCAUAGAAGCGAGGAAGAAUUCGUUCCUCCUUUUGCGGAUAAGGCCGGCCCGUGGCCUGAGGCGGUGUAGUGUGCGCGCGUUCGUACGUACGUGUGCGGUGAGUGUGUGAGAGCACCUGUCGGAGUAGUGAGUUUGGCCAUUGUUGCCAAACGCACCCUUUCGCGUUAAAUUACCCGCGUUGUUUCUGGUAAACCAAGUCGAUUUAGGUUCGUGCGACGUUGAAAGUUUUCGAAUAAGUGUUGCCACCUUGCUACUUUUUUCGUGUAUUUGUGUGUUUGUUGCUACGAAAAUUAAAAGCAAACGACAACUAUUGUCGCAACUGCCAUUGGUUUUUCUUUACAUUUUUGCUGUCGCCGUGAUGUGGUGUGUCUUUGGUCGCGGCAGCAUAAGCAGCAGCACCGGCACCGGCAGCAGCAGCAGCAGGAGCAGUAGUUCGGCAUGAAAUGGAAGCGGCCAUACGCUCAUCAGUGCAGGUCGGUGGUCCACCACCAACAUCAGGUGGUCAACAGCAGCAGCAGCAACACCACCACCAACAACAGCAACAACAGCAGCAGCAGCGCGGUGGCAAUCAACAGCCACAAUCGCACUUGCAUGAUAAUGGACCAUCGCCUCAGCAUCAACAGCAACAGCAACAACAGCAUCAGCAUCAGCAGCAACAACAACAACAGCAGCAGCAGCAGCAGUAUCAUCAACAACUCAGUAACCUACCCACGCACCUCCAUCCACAUCACCCACCACCGCAAGCGCAGCAACAAACUGCUCAGCAACAGCAACAAAAUAAUAGCGGCAGUAAUAACGCGCAGCAGCAGCACCAACAACAGCAACAGGCCAAUAUGUCGGCCUAUCAGCAGCGCAUGGCGACUGGACCGUCGCAGAUUCACAGGUAAAUAUUGCACAGAUUUUCGUUAAAUUCGACUUUUCUUUUUCAUUCUUUGUAUGCGUAAGCACUAUGGGCCAAACCACAACAUUCUAUUGGUUAUGCCAGCUAUGGCCAUUUGGCAAAUGAUAGAUCACAGAGAAGUCAGUUA